AUGGACGACCCCAAAGGAGAGGGAGGACGCAUACCCCUGAGAGAGUUAUUCGAGAAACGGUCUGAUAUGCAUUCGGCAUUGAGCGAACAGCACGAGCCAGGCGCGGAUAUAUGGCAGCCGUUAUGGGACUGGGUGUUUGCGAACGACAUCUUCCGGAGCUGGCAGCGGAACGACUACACAUGGACGCUGCGCUGCGUCGGGGGACCAGGGUCAGGGAAGACGACCUUGUCCGCGAUGGUAGCCGAAUGGCUGAGAAGCCAAUACACCGGGAACAAGGACGCCGUGGCCGCGGUAUUUGUGCGGGAGGACGUGGUCGCGGCCGGUACCGCAUUUGUGGAAGACGUUCUGACGAGCGUGUUCCACCAACUGUGCAUCCGGUGUGCCGAGGUAGACGAGGACGAAGCGUAUGUCGCAAAGUAUCGACUUUACCUCGACGCUAGAAAGCACGGCCAUCGCGACAUGUUCCGGAUCGAACUCAUUCGAGAUGCCCUGCUAUCGCGUCUGAGCAUGCUCGAUCGUGCGUUCCUCGUCAUUGACGACUUUGACAGGUGCAGUCCGGCAGUUGACUUGUUCCUUGAGAACGAGUUGGCCCUCUUGGCAAGGGGGUCGCGGCUCAAGGUGCUCAUAACCUCUCGCGUCUCAUGCCUCAAGACGGUGCCAACUUGGCAGUACUGUGACGCAUGCGACGACGAGGAGGUCGCCAUGUACCUCUCAGUGUACUGGCGAUGUGAGAGCUGCAGGAAGAAAGCAAAGCCGGCUCACAUCCUCUGCCAGCGCUGCAGAGACGCAGGCAGGACUUGCAUCAACUGCGGAGAAGCCGCAGACUUCGUCCAACCUUUCGACCAUGUUGACCUCGAGAUCGAUUCAGCUACGCAGCCUGUUGUACGAUUCAUCAACUGGGAUUUGGAGAUGGAGCACGGAGAAUUGGGUUUGGGUAGUGAAAACCCCGACAAACCCCCACCAUCCGCGCUUGGCAGACGGCUCCUCGACCCCCGAAACCAAGAGUCUCUCGACAGGUUGCGGGAUCGAGUCAGUAGCCAGGCAAAGGGGAACAUCAGUCUUGCCCGUCUCCGACUCGACAACGUGCACCAAACUCAAUCAAUGGGUGCUCUCUUCGCAAGGUCUGAUGUGCUGCCGGCCAACAUUGUAGACUUUUUCGACGUUGGCAUUGGGCGCAUUGAGGAGCAGCCGCCAUCCCAGCGAGACCUCGGCUUGAAGGUGAUUGCCGCCGUCGCGCAUUAUGACUAUACUCUAGGCAUUGAGUACGAGCAUCUCCAAGCCAUCAUACGUCGGUCUACCAAGACGCCCGCCCGGGCCCGUGCCAAGAGAACCACCUCGACCCCGACUGUAUCAACAAGAAGGAGGAGGUCGACAAUGCCAGCGUCAGAAACAUCACACGUGGCUCACCGCAGCCUCGAAGAGAUGCUGCAUGCGGCGCGCGGGUUCCUGGCCUUCAGGAACGAGGAGAACCGGCCACUUGUGGCCUUCUGCGAGUCGUUCCACACCUACGCGCGGGAGAACUACAACGAGUCACUCGUCUGGGCGCACGCCCAACUCGACUUUGGGGGGGAGAAGGGCUGUGCCGGGUUCGGCAACAGGGUGAUGAGGCGUUCGCGGACGGGCGUCGUGCAUGGUGUGGAGAAGAGGGACCAAGCGGCAGCGCAAAGAUCUACUCUGCAGGAACACAAAGGCCGUUUAGCCGGAGGAGACUGCAGGAAUCGCAUCGAUGGAAGGAUCGGAGAAAGCCUUGCUGAUUCGAGUGGACGCAUUGUUCCCGAUACGAUUGCUGCUGGCUCUGCCUCUGCUCUCCAGAUUCAGGACGAUGGCACGGCAGCACAUAGGCAGACCCCGACACCGUCCAUACCGGCAAUGGCUGAUGCUUCUGCUGGUGCCAAUGGGCGGAAACUAAUCCGGGUCGCCGACUUUGAACGUGAUCAAAGCUUCAAGUUGGAGAGGAGGGGCACAAGCUGGGCCUAA